UCGUGUUCCGUUUCGCUGUCUAUAUUCUUUCUCGCGUCUCAUCUUCCUCCUCUCUCUCUAGAAAAUUCUCCAUGAACAUACUCAACAGGUUCGGUUUAGGAUCAGGCGGGCAAACGAGUACGGAUCCGUCUCCGAUCGCUCAAGGAUCUGACGAUGACUCUCCGGCGCCGGGAAAUCACUUUGCCCAAUUCGCCGCCGGAUGCUUCUGGGGCGUGGAGCUGGCGUUUCAGAGGCUCCCGGGGGUGACUCAGACAGAGGUUGGAUACACACAAGGGAUCACCCACAAUCCUUCGUACGAGGACGUCUGUUCCGAAACCACGAGACACGCCGAGGUCGUCAGGGUUCAGUACGAUCCCAAAGGCUGCACCUUUGAGUCUCUCCUUGACUUGUUCUGGUCCAGGCAUGAUCCCACCACCUUGAAUCGCCAGGGAAAUGAUGUGGGAACCAGAUACCGAUCCGGGAUCUACUUCUACACACCAGAGCAGGAGAAACUAGCCCGGGAGUCACUAGAACGUCACCAGCAGCGAAUGGAGAGGAAGAUCAUGACUGAGAUCUUGCCUGCUAAGAAAUUCUACAGAGCCGAGGAGCAGCAGCAGCAGUAUCUGUCCAAGGGUGGAAGGUACGGCAUGGGGCAGUCCUGUGCCAAAGGCUGCACCGACCCAAUCCGCUGUUACGGCUAAAACCUGAGCUCCUCUGCUUCUGAGGAUGUUAUGAACUUUUGUGUAAAAGCUAUGUAACGCAUAAUUUACCGUUUGUACGAUUAUUUGUUGAUGUUUCUCAAAUUAUUGAAUGAAUAAGAGAAUCUUAUGGACAAAAGAAAAAUUCCAAUGGAUAUAGCCACGGGCUAAUGGUAGGACACUUGGUUUCUUAUU